CGCUCCUCCCACCUCAUCGCUUCCAGCCACCAAAUCCCGCUCCAAAAAAAUCCCCAAUCUUCCCAAGGCAGGAGCAGCAAGCAGCCAUGUCCGGGCGCGGCAAGGGCGGCAAGGGCCUGGGCAAGGGCGGCGCCAAGCGCCACCGCAAGGUCCUCCGCGACAACAUCCAGGGCAUCACCAAGCCGGCCAUCCGCCGCCUCGCCCGCCGCGGCGGCGUCAAGCGCAUCUCCGGCCUCAUCUACGAGGAGACGCGCGGCGUGCUCAAGAUCUUCCUCGAGAACGUCAUCCGCGACGCCGUCACAUACACCGAGCACGCCAGGCGCAAGACCGUCACCGCCAUGGACGUCGUCUACGCGCUCAAGCGCCAGGGACGCACCCUCUACGGAUUCGGAGGCUGAGCGGAGCAGUCGUGGGGCUGGAUGGCCGUGCCCGAAGUCUUGGCUCCCGGUCAAGAAGUUGAGGAGACUUGGAAACUGGAGUAGUUGAUUUGGGUUCCCUGCUUUAGUUUCAUGGGUAGUACUAGUUGGUAGCAGCAUCGUCAGUAGUACUAGAGUGUUGUAGUGUGAAGUUUGUUCUGUGUCAUCUAUCAUGUUCUCAGUUUCUGAUGGGCAAAUAUGAUGUUUGCCGAGUUA